AUGUCGUUCCAAUCACCAAUGCCAAGCCGAGAGUUCCUUUGGGAUGUGUUCAGAAGAGUGGACAAGGACCGCAGCGGCUAUAUAUCAGCUGAUGAGUUACAACAAGCUCUGUCCAAUGGAACAUGGAAUCCAUUCAAUCCUGAAACUGUCCGUCUUAUGAUUGGUAUGUUUGACAAACAGAAUAGAGGUGUGAUCAACUUUGAAGAUUUUGGCGCACUCUGGAAAUAUGUGACUGACUGGCAGAACUGCUUCCGAUCCUUCGACAGAGACAAUUCAGGAAACAUUGAUAAGAUGGAGUUGAAGAAUGCACUCACAGCAUUUGGGUACAGAUUGUCAGAUGAAGUUGUAAACAUUAUGGUACAGAAGUUCGAUAGAUUUGGCCGCGGGACCAUCUUGUUUGAUGAUUUCAUCCAGUGCUGUGUCACUUUAUAUACUCUUACGUCAGCGUUCCGCCAAUUCGACACAGACCAAGAUGGAGUAAUAACUAUUCACUACGAACAAUUCCUUAAGAUGGUCUUUGGAUUAAAGGUAAAAGUAUAA